ACAAUCGCGUUUUCGUUUUCUCAAUGAAGUGAGUAAUGGGACGUUGUUAACGUUCUUGUUUAUUUAUUUUAAUUAAACUUAUUUUAAAUGAUUUUAUUUCAAUUACAGUGAGUUUACAUGUUUCUAAGUAGACAGUGAAGAUUUAGUGCAAAUGUUGUUGUGUUGUUUGCUUAAAAUAUAAAAGUGGAGAGUAUCCAUGGGCGUUGACUUCAGGCAGACAAAAUCCAAGACUGAAUUAUGAAUCUCUUAUUAUUAGCAUACAUACUCUCUACAACAGUAUUAGAACUAUGCAGAUCACAAGACUAUGCAUCUCCAACAUACAAUCCAGAUUUCAGUCAGACAAACCCUACAAAUGAUUACCUGAACUCUGACCCAAAGUAUGACAACCCAUAUGAUCCAAACAGGAGGUAUCAAAACCGCAACCAAAACUUUCCAAACCAACAAUACGAUCCUAAUCGUCCUUAUGACCCCAAUCGGAGUCAGUAUGACCCAAACAGGGGUCAAUAUGAUCCAACUCGCACCCAAUAUGAGCAGGAUCAGAGGUACAAUCAGUUUGAGAACCGGAACCCAGAUGUGAACUAUAAUGCGAACCCGUACACUCCUGAUAACACCCCAAGACCUUCAUGGGAUAGCAGCAGGACAUACAGUACUUCUUUUAAGGGUGCUCCUUUGGAACAUGAAAGUGUUAUUAUCAAUGAAGCAACAUACUUCAUAGUAGCAUCAAAGAUGGUACGUCCUGGCCAGAUAUACAAAAUAUCAGCCAACAUCCUGCAGGCACGCAUGCAGAUGACUAUUAGAGCUUCCAUUUCUUGCAAUGGAGUGGAGAUUGCUGAUGUCAACCAGAGAGUCAAUGAAGGAGUGCCGGAGAUAUUGAAUAUGAGGGUGCCUCCAACUACAGUGCCAGGUGACUACAAGCUUCGCGUCGAAGGUCUGUACCUGGACACACCAUUCGGAGGGCGCGCCUUCGUCAACGAGUCUCAACUGGUGUUCUCCAGGCGAUUUAUGACCAUAUUCAUACAGAUGGACAAACCUGUCUACAUGCAGGGACAAACUGUUCGUUUCCGUGUGAUCCCCAUAAACACGGAACUGAAGGCAUUCGGGCGAGCUAUCGAUGUUUACAUUCUCGAUCCUAAUGGCCGCAUCAUGAAGAGAUGGCUCUCUAGACAGAGUAACUUCGGUACAGUAAGUCUGCAGUAUCAAAUGUCGGACCAGCCUUUGUUCGGCGAGUGGUCUAUCCGCGUAGAAGCCCUGGGACAGAUUGAGGAGACAACCUUCCUUGUUGAAGAGUACUAUCAGACUCGAUAUGAGGUGAACGUAACGAUGCCAGCAUUCUUCUUCAACACGGAACCGUUUAUCCACGGCCGUAUAAUGGCGAACUACACGUCGGGCGCGCCGGUGCGAGGCAACCUGACCCUGAAGGCGACCAUCCGUCCUAUACCACAGUACCGGCCCAGGUACUACACGCAGGGACAGUUCAACAACCGAGGACAGUUCGGAGUCCCUGCUGGGUAUGGCGGCAAUCAGUAUACCAGAGUCCGUCAAAACUACCCCUUCAACAACGGUUACAACAACGGUUAUAACAAUGGUUACAACGACACGAACUACCAACAACAACAGUAUGACACCAACUACGGACAGUCGUACAUAGACGAGUACGGCAGGGUAGUGAACAAGGAGCCGCGCUAUAUACCCGGCCAACCCAACCAGUUGGAGCAACCUGACUGGUGGUACGAUCCACAGAAAGUUGUCACUAGGAUGUUUAACUUUGAUGAAAAGUAUCCAUUCUGGAUGCCGAAGCCGGACCCGACGCAAUACGCGAUCGAGCACAGCAACAACAAUAACAACCCGAACUACAACACAUACACAACUACGACAACAUAUAACAACUAUUACAACAACCCCUACUACGAUCAGUUGCCGUAUUUGAGAUUUUUCAACGGUACAUACGAUUUCAAAUACCCGAUGUCGGAGUUGGCCCAGCUGGUCCCAACGCUGGACGGCGUGGAUGUGAUCAUCACGGCGUCUGUAGGCGACCCCUUCUUAGAUGAAGUCAUUGAAGGAUACAGCAUCGCCAGGAUCUUCAACUCUUCAUUACAAGUCACCUUCCUUGGCGGGACCCCGCAAGUCUUCAAACCUUCUAUGCCCUUUGAUGUUUAUAUGGUGGUAUCGUACCACGACGGGUCCCCGCUGCCCCGCUGGCAGGCGCGCGGCGUGUCCCUGCAGGUGCACGUGGUGGUGGAGGGCCGCGGCGGGGCCGUCGAGCCCCAGCAGCCCACGCUCGUGCCCGGACAUGACGCCGUCUGGCAUCUCAAGCUGGAUCUCUACAAACUGCUGCGCCUCCAGUCGGAUCCGAACUACCGCGAGGUCCUGAACAGCGUGACGGGGGUCCGCCUGAGCGCGCAGCUGGUGGACGCGGUGGGGUCGCACGCGGCCGCCGACGUGCACUUCGUGGCGCACUACAGCGACAACAACCAACACAUACGGAUCGCCACCUCCACCACCGACGCCAGGGUGGGCGAGUACAUAAUAUUCCACGUACAAAGCAACUUCUACAUGGAGUCGUUCAACUACGUGGUCAUGUCCAAAGGCAUCAUCCUCACCAGUGGACAGGAGAUCAUGCAGGAGGGUGUCCGUACAUUUGCGGUGACAGUAUCAGCAGAGAUGGCGCCAGUGUCCACUGUCCUCGUGUGGAGCGCUGAGCGAAGGGGACAUGUACUGGCUGACUCAUUGACAUUCCCAGUCAACGGCAUCUCCAGGAACAAUUUCACAGUGUUCGUGAACAACCGCAAGCACCGCACGGGCGAGCGCGUGGAGGUGGCCAUCUACGGGGAGCCCGGGGCAUACGUCGGGCUCUCCGCCAUCGACAACACCUUCUACACCAUGCAGGCCGGGAACGAACUCACAUACGCCAAGGUCCGGUCGUACAACCCGCGCACGUCGUUCGGCGAGCACCAGUUCUUCGUGUACAUCAGCGCGGGCGACGCGGCCACGGUGCACGUGCCCGUCGUGGCCGCGCGCCUCGGGCUCGUGCGCGUCCGGCUCCACGCCGCCACGCUCAUGGGCCAGCACCACUACGUCAAGGACAUACACGUCCUGCCGGACGGGCUCCCCCAGUACCGCCACCAGUCAGUACUGCUGGACCUGUCUAACAGAGCGUACGUGUUCCAAUACAUGCACGUCAACGUCACCGAGACUCCCAUCAUUCCCUACGAGGUGGACAGGUACUACGUGUUCGGGUCCAACAAGGCCAGGAUAUCUGUCGUCGGCGAUGUCGUCGGACCUCUCUUCCCAACCAUGCCUGUUAACGCUAGCAGCUUGCUACAUUUGCCUAUGGACUCAGCAGAGCAGAACAUGUUCAGUUUCGCUGCGAACAUGUACUUGACGUUGUACAUGCGUCUCAUCAACCAGCGGAAUAGAACCUUGGAACGUGAUGCUUUCUACCACAUGAACAUACUCUACCAACGACAACUGUCUUUCAUGAAGCCUGACGGUUCCUUCAGCUUGUUUAGAAGUGACUGGAACCAAUCUGCAUCAAGUGUAUGGUUGACCUCAUUCUGCGCGAAGAUAUUCCAAGAUGCAUCGUUCAACGAGUGGGAGAACUUUAUUUACAUCGACCCUGAGGUGAUAUCAAUGGCAGUGUCAUGGAUAUUAGACCAUCAGACCCCCGAGGGUGCGUUCUACGAGGUGACGUGGCUACCGAACAGGAAUGACAACGCUACCAUUGUGGUGCCCAAGAACAGCUCCCUGUAUAGAGAAGCAUUCAGCAAUACUGGAUGGCACGACCCCACUGCUAUAGAAGUAAAUGAUUCAAUAAUAAUGCAGCGAAACAUCACGUUGACUGCCCAAGUUAUCAUCACUUUGGAAACUGUCAAGAAUCUCAAGGACAUUGGAGUGAGAGAGGGCCUGAGUGCGCGCGUGUCGUCUGCGCAGCAGCGCGGCGUGCGGUGGUUGGAGCGCCACCUGCGCGUGCUGCACGAGCACGGCGACCCGUACUCGCUCGCGCUCGUCGCGCACGCGCUCACGCACUGCAAGGCGCCCAGCUCCGAGCACGCCUACAGGCUGCUCAAGCGGAGGCAGCGCUACGAAGGUGGUCUAAGUUACUGGGGUAAGGAGCCAGUACCGCAGCCUCCUUACAAGAUGGAGAACCAGAAACCUUUCCUCCUACCUCGCCUGCCUUAUAAGUACGACUCCAACAAUAUCGCGGCCACGGCGUACGCACUAUUAGCCUGCAUGGACCACCAGGACAACAAUGAACCUAUAGUCAUGUGGCUUAACUCUCAACGCUUGCAAGAUGGCGGCUGGGCUUCUACACAGGACACGUACAUAGCCCUGCGCGCCCUGAUCGAGUACACGAACCGCAAGCGACUGCGCGACGUGUCGUCGCUCACCGUCAGCGUCGACGCCGUCGCACUCAACGGGGACACCAAGACUCUACACGUCAAGAACGACAACCUCGCCGUCAUGCAGUUCAUUGAUAUCCCCGAGGCGUGGGGCACGGUGAAGGUGACGGCGCGCGGCGCGGGGUACGCCAUCCUGCAGAUGUCGGUGCAGUACAACGUGGACAUCGCGCGCUUCCAGACGCCGCCGCCCGUCAACUGCUUCUCCCUCGUCUCCUCGCACCACUUCUACGGCAGGAAUCAGUCGCACAUCGAGUUCCAGGGUUGUGCCAGCUGGACGUUGACCCAGGAGUCGCCCCGGUCCGGUAUGGCAGUGUUGGAGGUGGGCGUGCCGACCGGGUACAUGAUCCAACAACAGAAGCUGGACGCGUACGUACUGGCGCGGAAGGUGCCCACGCUGCAACGUGCCAAGUAUCUGCCCACUAAGAUACUCUUCUACUUCGACUAUUUGUCUGAUGAGCCUACGUGUGUGAACUUUACGAUAGAGCGCUGGUUCCCGGUCGCCAACAUGUCCCGAUACCUACCGAUGCGUGUCUACGACUACUAUGCACCCGAACGUUUCAACGAAAGUAUAUUCGACGCUCUGCCGACGUAUCUCCUUAACAUUUGCGAAGUGUGUGGUUCUUCUCAGUGUCCAUACUGCGCCAUCUACAACAACGCGCGACACCUAACCCUCGCCACUCCACUCCUCCUCAUAGCGGUUCUAUUUACUGUAGCGCGAUACAUAAGACCACAAGUCUCUCUCUUUGGAAUCUCAUAGGUAUGUACAAGUAAUCGAUAUUCGACAAAAUAUGGAAUAGAAUACCAAAACUGUACGCUUUAUUAACAGAAUGACUAUUUUUAUGACCCCAGUGAAAAUGGUACUAAGUCUAAUUUUGUCAAAAAUGAUUUGAUGAUACCAAAAUGAUCAGAAAAAUGCUUCAUCAUUGACACUGUUAAUCUAUAAAAAUCACAUCACAUGUAUUUUAUUAUGUAGUGGUUUAAAUUAUACUCGAGUUCGUCUGCGUCUCCUGUAAAAUUGCUCUUUUAAACUUAGAUCCUUUUUCACUAGUGCCAGAGAUUUAUACUCUAAAUGCAUAUAGUUCUUUGUACCCAGUGACCUUUACCAUUUGUAAUAUCAUUGGUUUUCUUGUCCGGGAGACAAGUACCCGAUUUUACUUCUACAGUCAUUCUGUUAAUAAAUCAUUUAAAGAUUGCAAGAAGCUAACCUUCAUUAUGUAGAUAGUUUGUAUACAAUUAAUUAUUAACAAAUUUUCAAGAGCAAAUAAAUCAUAAAUGAUUUUUUUAUAUAAUAGCAAUUAUUUGCAUGUUGGCUAAAAUGAUAAGCUAAUAGACAAUAGUAUGAGUGAUAAAUUAUGAAAUUGAUAUUGAAUACAAGUAUUUUUAUAUACUAAAAUGUAUUUCGGAAUCACUCGGGCAGCUAUAUAAAAAUGUAUGUAUUGGUAAGCAAUCUCUAAAUAGUCUUUUAUGAAUAAUUUUGUAAGCUAUGUGACGAAAAAAAACACAAAAAGUUAAUUUUAGUGAGUUGUACUGGCAGCUGUUCAUGCUAUCUGCAGCUAGAAACCCACUGGAUCAUGUAUUUUAUAGGUUCAAUUCUAAUACUGAAUAUCCGAAAAUGUGGUAUUGAAAAUGCCUAAAGUGACUUCUACAACAUUCACAAUUUUAAACACGAAAGUUAAUCCAAGGUCCUGUGAUCUAUGUGUGACCUAGGUCCCAAACUAACCACCGUUUAGAUAUAUAUUGUAAUGAAAUAAAGACAUAAACCAGUUUAUUUGUAAGGAAAAUGCCUGAUAUUAACAACUGCCUUGUAGUUGAGGAAAAUCAAGUUUAAAUAAUUUUACAACAAAUAAGUUGUAUAGUAGUUGUACAAAUACUCUUAAACUGUCAAAUACCAAGCGGUCACCGGUGACCGCAACCUAUUGUUCUAUAAUUGUGUCUACAAAACCGGUACUCGACGAGUUAAAUGAAUUAUUACGUUCAUGAUAUUCUAUAAGAUUUGUGAUCGAAUGCUGAAAAUAUCUCUGUCAUUUAAAAACAAAUUUGUAGGGUUAAACAAGCUUCCUUGUGCAUACUGCUAAGGAGUGUAAUUCUUUGCCAG